GUACACUACGUUAUCCUAUAGAGCACCAGAAAUGGUCAACCUGUACAGCGGCAAACUUAUUACUACAAAAGCAGACAUCUGGGCCCUCGGCUGUUUGCUGUACAAGCUGUGUUACUUCACCUUGCCGUUUGGGGAGAGUCAGGUGGCGAUCUGUGAUGGCAAUUUCACCAUUCCGGAUAAUUCUCGGCACUCGCAAGACAUGCACUGCCUCAUCCGAUAUAUGCUUGAGCCAGACCCUGAUAAGAGACCUGACAUUUAUCAGGUCUCCUACUUUGCGUUCAAACUGGCAAAGAAGGAAUGCCCAGUCCAGAACGUCCAGAACUCUCCAAUCCCCACUAAACUCCCAGACCCGGUUAAAGCAAGUGAAGCUGCUGCAAAGAAGAGUCAGCCCAAGGCCAGGCUGACAGAUCCCAUCCCUACGACAGAAACGUCCAUAGCGCCCCGCCAGAGACCUAAAGCAGGACAGACACAGCCCAACCCUGGAAUUUUACCCAUUCAGCCAGCCCUGACACCGAGGAAGAGACCCACAGCUCAAGCAGCCAUUCAGCCACAAGUUGCAGGACCUGCUGCCCUGGGCAGUGGUCAGCCUUCGCUCCCUGCAAGCGUCCCGCAGCAAAAAGCAGCCCCUCAACAGACUCCGGCGCAGCCACAAGCCAAGCAGGUGCCAGCUCCGCAGCAGGCCUCGCAGGCGCAGCCCCAGGUCCCUUCUACUCAGCCUCAAGCCACGCCUCAGCAUCAACAGCAGCUUUUCUUGAAGCAGCAGCUUCUGCAACAGCAGCAGCAGCAGCAGCAACAGGCGGCUUAUUACCAGCAGCAGCAGCAGAUGAUGCAAGCUCAGCAGUUCCCAGUGAUGCAGCAAGGAGCACCAGCACAGCAGCAGCCAGCAGCAGCCGUGCAGCAAAAGCAACAAGCCCCGGCGCCACCGCAGCCCCAGGCCCAGCAAAGUGCGGCCCAGCCAGCGCAGCCGCAGGCGCAAGUGAUGCAGGCACAAAUGAGGCAACAGCAAAAACCUCAAACCACACCCCCCCCAGCAGUGCAAGGGCAGAAGCUGGGCUCUCUCACCCCUCCGUCCUCCCCCAAGACGCAACGCGCAGGACACAGGAGGAUUCUGAGCGACGUGACCCACAGUGCAGUUUUUGGGGUUCCAGCCAGCAAGUCUACCCAGCUCCUGCAGGCAGCUGCUGCCGAAGCCAGUCUCAACAAGUCCAAAUCUGCUUCCACCACACCCUCGGGUUCCCCAAGGACCUCACAGCAGAAUGUCUAUAACCCACCCGAUGUCUCCACGUGGAAUCCGUUUGAUGAUGAUAACUUCUCCAAACUCACAGCCGAGGAGCUGCUGAACAAGGACUUUGCAAAGCUGGGUGACGGGAAAGCUCCAGAAAAGUUGGGCAGUUCCACAGAGAACUUGAUUCCAGGUUUCCAGCCGGCUUCAUCUGCAACCCAGGCAGAUGCAUUUGGUGGCUCUUCCUUCACUGCUGGAUCAGCUGAAAAAACGAAAGACAUUCUGAGUUUGGACACUAGCCCUCCUCUUCUGACUGUGCCUGAUCCUUUCAUUCCUCUCCCGCUAUCCGACACGCCAGAAAAACUGAUUGAGGGACUCAAAUCUCCUGAGACUGCGCUUCUGCUCCCUGAUAUCCUGCCUCUCGCUGACCCCUUUGGUAGCACGUCAGACGCUGUGAAUGGAAAACCUGACGUAGCUGUUGAGAGUCUCAUACCGGGCCUCGAGGCUCCGUUGCCCCAACGCCUUGUGUCACAGACAGAGUCGGUCGCCUCCAACAGAACAGACUCUCUCACUGGGGAAGACUCUCUGCUUGACUGUUCUCUGCUUUCUAACCCUGCUGCUGACCUCUUGGAUGAAUUUGCUCCCGUAGCUUUCGCAGCUCAACCUCACAAAGAAGAUACUAACCUGAUAUCAGGCUUUGAUGCUCCUGAGGGCUCUGAAAAAGUGACAGAAGAUGAGUUUGACCCAAUUCCAGUGUUGAUAUCCAAAAAUUCACAAGGUGGGCAUUCUAGAAACAACAGUGGAAGCUCUGAGUCCAGUCUUCCCAACAUAGCCAGGUCUUUACUGCUGGUGGAUCAGCUCAUAGACCUGUAGCAGUGACACAGUAGCAGACGCAGUUUCUGUAACGUACCUAAUCCUCCGUUUUCAUUUCCAGAAGAGUUACCUUCAGUUGUGGUUCUUUUGGGCUUUUGGUUUUCUUUUAAUUAAGGGGAAAAACAAAACAAAACAACCAAACACACCCAACCAAAUCUGCCGGCAGGAGACAGUCACCCACCUUUCUCCCUGUCUUCCCGUGCCCUGGGAAAGACUCUGUCCCAGUUCUCCGGGUAGUCCUCGCUAAAGCUGGUACAAA